AUGGACUAUAUGUAAAAACGCUUUGAAACUAAAAAUUCUUUCAUAAAUUUAAUAAUACUCAAACAAUUCAGGAUGGAAUUGGCAUAAGAGCUGGAAUAUUCCAAAUAUUUCGGUCAAAAUUUCUAUAUAAGAGGAAGAAUGCACAUAUUGAAUCAAUUGUUAAGUAUCUUAAUUAAGUCUAAUUUUAGGUUUAAUUAAUGGCAGUGAAGGUAUUGCAAACUGA